AUUCGCAUCAUGGUUGUAUUUUGAAAUUGUGUUCCAUCACAGUUUCUCAUCAAAUUUUGUAUCGUCUCUUUCCCUCUUUGACAGAUUCUACACAUUUUCUUGUCUUCGGUAUCCCAGUAUCUGUUCUUCGUUUCUUCAUUGCCACAUCUCCAUCUUGCUUUCAGUUUUUGGUUUCCUCUAUUUCCUUACUUUUCGAGGUACUCCGUUAGGUCUUCGUUUCUUAUUAUUUUAUAUCUUCGGGUAUAUUGGGAUUCUCUGAUUUUACUUAUUUGUGCUUGUUUUUGUAUGUCUGAAUCCGGCAUCUUCAAUCAGUUAGCCAUAUUCAUCCCUUUCUUUAGUAGUUUAUCCACAUAUGCUGCUGCAUAGCCGCCUCUAAUUAGUUAAUUACCUCUGUAUAUUACAGUUCCUAUUUUCAGCCUUUUACUACAGGGUGUCUCAAAACUACUUUUAUACCGGAAAGUGGAAUAUAGCUUGAGGACCGUGAAACAAUUACUAAUCGCACGAUCCGUCUGAAGCAGUUAACAUAUGCCUUACACGACUGUACCUCCCACCACACAGCCAUGACCCGCAGAAAUCCUUCGUUCUGAUCGGUGCAUCUUAAAUGCUUCUCAUUUAAAAACUAUUGCGGAUUUUAACAAACGCUUUGUGGAAGGAUACUCGGGGGAUUUGCGGGUAUCGCUUACUUUCUGGUGUAAAAUUAUUUUUGGGAUACCCUAUAUAUGGGAAAUUCCUGGAGAAAUCGGCCAAGAAUUGACCUAGUAUUUUUUAAAACGAUUGAAACUUUUUUUUACAUCAAAUAGACGUGAAGAAAGUCGAUACGUAUUUUUUUUUGUCCGCAAUAUUUUUUUUCCAACACGCGCAUAAAAAUGGUGACUUUCCACACCUGUUUAGCGGGAGGAAAACAUCUGAUUUCCGUCCAAUCACAAGGUUAUCGUGUUUUCUUCCCGCAGUUAAGAAAAGUAGCCAUUUAUGGGGAGAGAAUAACUCAACAACCAAUCAGAAAGCGCGAAAGUGUUGUUACCCAAGGAUAAUGAGACAUAACUGAUCAACUCUGUUGAUAAAUAAAUGUGUCUAGUGAAAACGUACUACCAGUCUUCAAGUAAAUUUUGUGUUGUUCAGUCUGAUUAUUUUCAUUAUGUCGAGCGAAGAUUUCGACAAUGACAUCACCUGCACACCGCCGGACAUACGAGCGAAAGCUGAAAUUGUGACGAGAGAUUUACUGCCAACAAAAUCCCGAGAAAAGUAUACAGCUGUGUAAAUGCAUUCGUUGAAUGGAAAAAGAAAAAUCAAGUUACUAGUUAUUCCGAAAAUGUUUUUCUGGCAUAUUUUGGUGAAAAAUCAAAGAGCUUAAAGCCAACGACUUUGUGAUCUAUUUAUUCUAUGUUGCGUAGUACACUGCAACUGAAUGAGAGUAUCGACAUAAGCUCAUUUAAACAAUUAAUUGCCUUUUUGAAAAAACAAAUGAAUGGUUAUCAAAGGAACAAAUGGAAAGUUUUCACCACAGAAGAAGUUCAAAAGUUCCUCGCUGAAGCUCCAGAUCAUGAAUAUUUGGCUACAAAGUCAUGAGUUGGUGAAUAUUACAUUAAAUGAUAUUGAAAACCACGGCAAAAUGAUGAAAGUUACAAUCCCAAAGACAAAAAAAAACGUUCCGCGUUCCUUUGUAAUUCAGGAAGAAUUUCGUGCCAUUGUCAAAAAAUACGAAGCACUUCGUCCUUCGAAUACUAUCACAAAUCGCUUCUUCUUGAAUUUUCAAAAAGGAAAAUGUCUCUGUCAAGUUAUAGGGAAAAACAAAUUUGCUACUAUGCCAACACAGAUCGCAGAAUAUUUGAAAUUGCCGGAUUCAAAGCGCUACACCGGACACAGUUUUCGAAGAACUUCUACACCUUUUCUUGCUGAUGCUGGAGUGGAUAUCACUGCUAUCAAAAGACACGGAGGAUGGAAAUCAAAUACGAUGGCGGAAGAUUACAUAGAACAAUCUAUGCACAACAAACAGGAAGCAGCGCAAAAAAUAACGUCGUCGAUAAUGCUGCCAUCAUUGAGUAAACGCUCAAAUAGUUCGAAUCAUGAUAGUCCAAAAAAAAAAAUUUUGAAAGCCGAAAAUAAUUCAGACGAAACAUUGAAAACCGGACAAACUGUUAUCCACCUGAGUAAUUGUUUAGUUACCAUUAAUGUACAAAAGUAAAUUGAUUUAUGUAUCAUUGUUUUUUUGACUUUUGAAA